ACCAGAAGAGUUUCCUGUGUUUUGUGACGUCUUUGUAUCGACGUGAGGCCGUAAACAGGUCCGGUGGCAGUUUUUGCAUUUAACCACCAAAGCGGAUCAGAUUUAUCGACUAGUUUCAGUCUCGGCUCGUUAUAAACAAGUUUCUUGUUGUAAACGUCUCCUAGCUUCCGGAAUGUCGGUUGAUUUAGUGGAUUACGGUGUAAACUUCCUGCUACCUUAAAACGAUUCCCCCAGUCUGACCAUCAUGUAAGCAGACAAACAGGACCCCAUCUGUGAACCAAAGAAGGGCUCGCAGGCCCAGAACCAGUCCGGACAGACCACUGACCCAAAGCGAAGACUCAGGGUGGCUGUGGUCCCACCCAGCUGGAGAAGCAGACUGAUGGAGAGCGACUGUCGGAUCCCGGUUGCUUGUUGUCGGCCGCGGUUCCUCCUCCUUCACGCUCUUUUCUGGGGCCUGGUGUCUCUCAGAGUGUUUGGAGCAGCGCUGCUUAACGAAGAGAAAACUGCAGCAGUGAAGCCCGUGGCCACUCCCUGCUGGCUCAUGGAGGAGUUUGUCGUGGUGGACGAGUGCGUACCCUGCAGCGACUUCCACUCUAAAACACAGUUUGCAUGCAAACAAACAGGAUAUGUCGAGAGGAUCAAUUGCACUAAAUCCAGCAGGGAAGACUACAAAAGUUGUCGAUCUGCUUCGAUGGAGGAGCAUCUCUUCUGGAAGUUUGAAGCCGCCACCAUGGCGCUGACAGCUUUCUUCGCGGCUCUCGUGGUCGUCCGUCAGCGCCAGCUCGAUCGGCGGGCCUCUGAAAAAGUCCGACGGCAGAUUGAAUCCAUCUAGGACUUCGAGAGCUGCUCCACUGUUUUUUUUUUUUUUAAAUUCUCCUCAGUAUUUUUAGCAGAAGGUGUGCAACAAUGACCGGAGACAGAAAGACAAAACGCUGUUCACGUUGACUUUAAAGACGCAGAUUUGGACGAUGGGAUGGCGAACUGUUGCAGGAUCCUCAGACGCUUUCAGCUUCAUCCGUUGGAGUUACUUGUAUCGUCCACCUUAAAUUCCUGUAUGAGGUCUCAUCCAGUAUUUGCUGUCUUUCAAAACACCAAAUGAAACUUCUGCGUCAACCGUCUCCCAGCCUGAUGGACUUUCGGGGUCAACUUUGUGCUAAAAUAAGACAGAAAAAUGUCUUCCUGCUUAUUAAAAAAAAUAAAAAAAGAAACACGGUUUGUUACUUAGUGAAAUCGAUGUUUGGAUUCUGAAACUUGAGAUUUCUGACCCUUAAAUAAUGAUUUUAAAAUGGUGUUCUUAAAGGAAAAAAGCUGUAAACCUGAGCUGUUGUGAAAGUGGGCGGAGUUUGCACACCAUUAAACUGUUUAUGAAUGAA